CUCUUCUUCCCGUAAUUCCCUCUCAGCAUACCUCCCAGAGAUUACAAGGCCAUGACAAGAACUGACAAGAAUGAGAAACUCAUUCAGCAGCUCCGAGCCCAAUCGUCGCCCAAGAUCGUCAACAUCUUCACUCGCGUGGACAACACCACUGGAGAACGCUACAUCCUGUGGGGAAGCAUUCAGGUGUGCUAUGAGAAUGCCAAGUGUAUCAAGGAGAAUGGGAACCUUGUCGAGUUUAUGACCAAUGAUACGGACGAAGUGAUUAUCCCUCGCAGAAUCAGCUACCAUCCAGGCGUGAUACUUGAUGUUGUCAUGAAGGAUGUCGAGCUAGGAGUUACUGCCGCACAAGGGGUCUAUUCUCGCCACACUGGUAUCUCUGUAAACAGAGCCGAUCAUUCAUCAGAGGCAGACCAGACCAUGUCGGAGUACAACUACCUCAGAGAGCAGGACACAGCUACUAUCGCCUCAGAACAGCAAGCGAGCCAUUUCGCCAUCACCACCGAGAAGGCGUCGAGAAGGAGUAUUAUCGCCCAGUCUGCUGAGCAGGCGGCCGUAGCUCAGCAAAAUACUCAGGAGUACCUCCGGCUCUACACUUCAUACGUCGAGGCUAAUGUCUCUGGCCAGCCCAUCCAGGCUGCAAGCAUCAAGAGCGCAAUGCAGAAACGCUUCGGUCUCUGGGAUCCGCAGAUGCAGUCUAGCGACGUCUUUCAGAUCUAUACCCUGCAAAUCCUUCAGCAGGCCCUCGAUCGCCAAGCCAUCCUCCAAAACCAAGUGCAGGCACUUUGUAUCCAGACACACGAGCUCCACCAGUACUCGAUCCCUCGACUGUUUAUCGUUCUACCGAAAUUAAAACGGUUCAGAGACAAGCUCUUCAAACCAUUCGCAAAGCAGUUCCGGCUGUUCUUCCUGUGCGAGUGCGGUGAGCACACCAUGACAGAGGAUACCAUGAUUCCACAUGAGAUCCAUCUGGCUAAGCACGAGGGAUACGAUAUCGACCAACCCAGCGACUUCUUCAAAAGAUACGGAUCCCAUGUUCUGACGAUCAUGAAGCUGCUCAAGUACGGCUGCACUAUCGCCGGUAUUGUUGUGCCACCCUUGGCGCACUUGAACUUAGCCGAGGGAGUCGAGACUGUCAGGAAGAGCGUUGAGGUCGGGGUGAAUGACAUCGGGACCCUGGUGGGUGACGCGACCAAGUACAUCGAGGAUUUGCAGGACCACAGUGGAGGGCUUGACACAGCACCUGGAACGAUGGACCUGAAUGCGAUCGAGGCGUUGGAGGGAGCGGAUCUGAGACAGCUCGAGUCGUUUCUGCGCGUCAAGGACAAGGGUCGCGAGCUCGGUAAUCUAUUCCAGGUCGUUACGCCUAAAGGUCACGUCAAAUGGGUGUGCUUGGACCACUUCCACGACAACUAUCGAGAGUCUACAAAACAGCAACUCAAGGAUAUUGUUGAGGCCAAUCAAGGGAGUUAUAACAUUGAAAGAGGCGCUGUUUUUAUCAUUCUUUGGACCAACAUCGUUGCACAACAGUUUUACGAGGCGCUGAUCAAGGCUUGUGGGGUACGAUCUCUGACUGUUACUAUGAACUGGGAUGUUAGCUUGGGAGACCUUCAGAUGUUUGAGGAUGCCAUUCGCAAGACUAGCAUUGUUGAGCUGGGAAUAUGGGGACUGAAGAACAGGAAGUUACUAGUGGGCGUCAUCAACCGUGGCCGUCAAUAUGACCCUCUUCUCCAGUGCAUGGCCAAUGGAAAGAUCCAACAAAUGGAAAUUGCCAUAGAUCACAACUUUUAUCAACACAUCAACAACUCCUCUUUUAUGACGGCGCCCUUGCUCCACAAACUCUGUAUCGACUCUGCGGUUCCAGACGGCAAACGGCCUCCGGUAUUUGUUCUGAAGAGUAUUCUUCAGUGCUGUCCCGCAUUGAAGGAACUCAAGAUCCAGACUGGCGACAUACUUGGUACAUUUGAAGACUUCAGAAGCAAAGUAUCCCAGUCUCUGAGCCUCGAGAAGUUGAUUCUGCAUAGGGGUAUGGGAUCUUCUGAUGCUCUCACUGCUGAAAUCUGUCGCGGUGUGAUCCGAACUUCAGAGCUUCAAGCUUUAUAUCUUGAUGAUGACCCGCUACAUAAGCACAACGCAAUGGUUCAGGAAGGUUUCUCGAUAUCAUAUGUUCCAUAUAUCAGGCCAGAGGACUACGAGGCUCAGCUGAUAGGUAUCAUGCGUCAAAACUUCAAGCUCUUUACCGUUACAAUCAGUUGCGCACCCGGACGUACGCGUGCCAUCCUCGAUGCGCUCACUGAUGCGAGGAAGGCCGUUCUUUUGGAAGGAGGGUCCCCAGCAAUCCGUCGUGCCAACCUACGGUGGGUAAAUCAGUUUGAUGAUUUCACUACGAACCCUGCUACGAUGUCUAUCGAAUUUCCAAGCACCGUGGCAGCAGAUACCAUAUCCACCAACAUUGGAUACUCUGGAGCGGAAGAAGGCUGGGGGGUAAGCUUUUCGAUGGAGGAUGAUGAGGCAUUUGCGGAAGUGUUGGUUCAAUAUGGACGGUUUCUGGAUACAUUGCGAAUGCACUCGACGUUCAGCGACGAUAUGGCAGUAAUUCUAAAUAAGGUCUUGAAGGAACAGGGCUCCGCAAUCACUUUGCUGCAACUAGCCCCAAGGUCGCUGACGGCCGUAGGACUGGAGUGCAUGGGUGGAGUUAUUGAGAGGUCACAUAACCUAGCGCAUCUCGAAAUCUUUUCCAAAGAUUUACAGGAGAACAGCGAGCAAUGGAAGCUGGAACAGUUGCUCGUUCGAUAUUCUAGGAGGUUUAGUCGCAUGAUAUUGAGUGGGGAGACGCCUGAGUUGUGGAUCCCAAUGGUUGCAAGGAUGUGUCCGACCAGACAUGAACUUCCAGAGCUAGACCUUCUGUAUAUUACCUACCCGGACGAUCAAGAUACCUGUCCGGGCGAUCAAUAUCUUCCUCAAGAGUGCGUUCGAUGGAUUGUCGCCAUGGUCUUACCUCCUCCUCGGACUCCCGCCACGCCGUUGUCUCCUCGGCCAUCCAGGGCCAUCCAAGAGAUCUCGGGCACUUUGAUCGAUGAAUCAGACCAGAUCAACCUUGUGCCAUUGCCCACAUUUUCCUAUCCAUGGAUGUCCUUGAGCGACCUAGCGCUCGAAAUGAUUGGACUCCAGCCCCAGGAUUGGGAGGCAGUGAUUGAAGCCCUUGAUUUCACGGCAUUGAGAAACUUGGAAUUUAGUUAUAGCAACUUCGCGCAGGAUCAGCUCCAGGUUCUUGUCGAUUGCAUUCCCGAGGAAAGCAACUGUCCAAUACUGCUGGACAUAAAGCUCUGGUAUACGGGAAUCACUGAAUCUAGUCAAACACGCAGGAUGAUCAAUGCACUCAAGGAAAAGGCACCCCAUGUCAGUGUCUAUUAUUGAUCGACUGUAGUUAGACUAAUAAAGGAGUAUCCGCGCUCGGUGCUGCGCCCGAGGCGAUGGCCUGAUGGAGGCACGGAUAAGGC